AUGCCGACCCCCGAGUCCGCCAUGUUCAAGGCGCAAAAGCCCAAGGUCCCCCCCACUUUCGACGGUGUCGACUACGACGAUUCGAAGGCCUUCAAGGCCGCCCAGGAUGCCAUUACGAGGGAACAGUGGGUGGGAGCCAUGAUGAUAAGGCUUGUUGGCGAGGAAUUGGGCAAAUGCUAUGUGCGCGAAGGGGUUAAUCAUCUUGAGAACUGCGGCCAUCUGCGAGAGAAAUAUCUCCAGCUCCUAAAGACGAAGAAGACCAAGGGUACUCUCGGAUUGCAACAAAACUUUAUCGAGAGGAAGGAGCAGGAAAUGGCCAACUCGCAAUAG